CCAUUGCGUUUGCACAGGUUCUUCACAUUGAUCUUUUUUUUUUUUUUUUUAAUUGAGCUACAUAGACUGAGAUGGAUUCAAGCAGUUGAGAGGACCGGUCACCGUGCAACAGGAGUGCAGGAUCAGAGCUUCAGCAGCCGGCUCAGAGUUUGAGAGGUUACUGAUGAGUUGUGGGAUACAGCCUGGUCUGGAUUUAAUGAAACCGUCCACGGACUUUCGUAAAGACGACAGCAUGGAGAUAGUUCUUCAUAGCCGGGUGUAGGUGCCUGGUACAACUGCUAACUCUCAUCUCAGUGGAUCACUGGCUGAGCAAAGAGGAUCAUCUCUUUUUGAGACUAAUGCAGACGGUCUCCAUAGCUCUCUGUAGUGAAAUGGAGACAGAGCCGUGCUGUGGAGAGCAGCAAGACCCCGCAGCGGAACCUGCGGACCCCGGGGACGAAGCGGCCGCCCCUGAAUCUGCUGAAAGCGAGACCCUGACCGAGUCACCGUGUGAGCCUGCGGCGGCGGCCGAGGAACCGUGCGGCAAAGAGCAGGUGGAAACUGAAAGCUGCGCAGGAGAGAGUAAAGACCCUGGGACAAAAAGUCCACCGGAGAGUGGAGGGACAGAAUGCAAGGAAGAGAAGAAACUGAAGAAAACAAACAGCUGGAAGAUGGUUCGGUUCCAAGACCCGUCGACAGAAGACGAUGUGUUGGAGAGGGACAGCUCAGCAGAAAUCCUCUUUCCAGAAUAUGCUGUGGAGGAGUGGACGUCUACACCGUUUGAGCAGCUGUUCCUGGCAGACGACUGGGAAAACAUCAGCGAGGACAAUCUGUUGAGGAGGAAGGUACUAGAACCCGGGGACUCGCAAGCCCCGCGGUCCACCUGGGGCCAGGAGGUCAUCGUCAGGAUGCAAGGUGUUCUUGAGGACCGCACCGUGGUCGAGAAGGACUGCAAGCUUGUAUUUGUGAUCGGAGAGGGAGACGUAAAUCAGGCCCUGGAGGAGUGCGUCAUGUCCAUGCAGAAGGGGGAAAUCACGUUCCUACUGGCAGACUCUCAGUAUGCGUACGGACUUCUGGGAAGGGAGCCUGAUAUUCCAGCCUGGGCUCCUCUGCUGUACCAGCUGCAGUUGCUGGACAUCAGAGAGAAACCAGACCCAUUGACUCUGCCCAUCGCUGACCGCAUCCGCAUCGGCAACCAGAAACGAGAGCGGGGAAACUUUCAUUUUCAGAGGGAGGAGUACAGUAAUGCUUCCAGGGCUUACUGUGUGGCUCUGGACAUGCUGACCACACGUAACCCAGAUGGCAGCGACGCCGGCGUGAAGGCGGAGGGGGAAGAGGUGCGGGCAUAUCGGCUGAAGUGCUUGAACAAUCUGGCCACCACCCAGCUCAAGCUGGAGCAGUUCGACGAGGCUCUACACACCAGCCGGGACGUCCUGACCCUCCAGCCCGACAACGUCAAGGCUCUUUUCAGGGCGGGAAAGCUGCUGUCAGAAAUGGGUGAAUACAAAGAGGCGAUGGAGCUGCUAAAAAAAGCCUUGAAACUGGAGCCAACCACCAAGGCGAUCCAUGCCGAGUUAUCCAAACUCGUCAAAAGACAGUCGGGAGGGAAAGACACCCAGGAGUGGAAGGCCAAACCGGCGGAGAUGCUCGGAGACAAUAUCGUACCCUUCCUCAUUCCUUCCAAGAAGAAACCCUCGGGAAUUUCCUGGAAGCUCAUACUGGGAGCUCUGGUGGUGGCCUUGAGCAGCUUAGUGACGUCAGUGGUUCUGGCUGCAAGAAACUGAAGUCUCUCCAGGAAGGAAAUGCUGUGAUGUGCAGGAGCCGCCGGGUCUCCAGUCCUCUUUCAUCAGGUUUCCACCCUGAAGACCACACGGCAGCACCGGAGCAUGAACUCGAAUUCAUUGAAAGAAUCGAGUGAAUCCCCUUCAGCAGCACUUAUGUAUUUUUUUUUGUGGAGCAACAGAAGUUUGUAAGAGUCAUCUUCUCAGAUCUGUUUUAUUGGAUAAAGGGAUUAUAUUUCUAUUUAUCUUGGAAAAUGUUCUGCUACAACAGAUGCUUAAAAAAAAAAAAAAAUGUAUGUGGAACAAAACCUGCAGCUAAGUUUAGUACAUGACCAAAGGAAAAAAAAAGUAUUUGAUCAGUGCUCAAGGUGCAGGAGGUAAAACUGAUAUGAAAAUUACAAUAAAGUCUUGACAUCUUGUCCAUUUUCCCUAAAAUAAGCCAGUCUGUAAGACAUUUGGUCUCUUAAGACAAUAAAACACCUUUUUCUGUCUGGUGAAACAAAUAAAAAUAUCUUAAAUUAAGUGUAUAUGUUAAUUUAUUAAUUCAUCAUUUCAUAAAAA